GGGGGGAGAGAGAGAGAGACAGAGAGGGAGAGGGAGAGAGAGAGGGAGCAUGAGUGAGAGAUAGACUCCUCCCAUCCUUCAAGCGGGAGCCAAUGAGGGUAGACACUUAGACUCCCACUACAAUAGGUAAAUGUCUUCAAAGUGAGAGAGGACAGGGCAGACUGACAGAGAGAGAAAGAGAGUGAGUGAAAGAGAGAGAAAGAGAGAAAAGGAGAGAGGCUGGAGAAGUGUGCGCAAACCUUUGACUGACUGAGUCACUCAUGGCAGUUGUGGAGUGAUCUGAAGAGUGAGAGACCCAGAGCAAGGCACAGAAGAAGAGGACAGAAGACCUAAACCUAAACACAUUCACUUCACCCUCUCUCACUGGCACUUCCUUUCAGUUAGAAGAUUUGAUUUUUUCUUUUCUCUUGAAAGUGGUGGUGGAAACACAGACACGAGGUGACAUGUUGGCAUUACUCCUGAUGCUGCAGUUUGCCAGCAGUGUGCAGGCUCAUGGGACCCAGAGUGCCACUCUGCCUGCCAGUCUGUACCCAGCGCCAUGCCAGUGCCAGGAGGAUGGGAUUCUACUCAUUGUCGACUGCUCGGAGCUUGGACUAUCGGCGGUGCCCGGCAACCUCAGCCCACUGACGUCCUACCUAGAUCUCAGCAUGAACAACAUCAGUGAAAUCCAGCCUAAUUCAUUCCACAACCUCCACUUUCUGUCAGAGCUGCGUCUCUCCGGCAAUCACCUGAGACACAUCCCCGGACCGGUGUUCCAAGGCCUCUACAACCUCAAAGUCCUGAUGUUGCAGAAUAAUCAGCUUGAGCGCCUACCCAGUGAAGAGCCAUGGGAUUUGCCCAACUUGUUGUCCCUGCGUCUGGAUGCCAACCUGAUAGUGGAGGUCCCUCCACAGACCUUCUCUGGCCUCCGGUCCCUCCGGCAUCUUUGGCUGGAUGACAACGCGCUGACGGAGAUCCCAGUGGGUGCCCUCAAUAACCUGGCCUCCCUGCAGGCGAUGACCCUGGCACUCAAUCGCAUCAGCCACAUCCCUGACAACGCCUUCCGCAAUCUCUCUAACCUGGUCGUGCUGCAUCUUCAUAACAACAUGAUCAAAACCCUGGGACAGAAUUGCUUUGAGGGACUGUACAGCCUAGAGACUCUGGAGCUGAACUACAAUGAGCUGCAAGAGUUCCCCGUGGCUAUUCGGACCCUGGCGAAGCUUCAGGAACUGGGAUUCCACAACAACAAUAUUAAGGCCAUCCCAGAACGGGCUUUUGUGGGAAACCCACUGCUACAAACCAUAAAUUUCUAUGAGAAUCCAAUCCAGUUUGUGGGCAGAUCUGCUUUCCAGUUCUUACCAAAGUUACAUACCCUCUCCCUCAAUGGAGCCACGGAAAUUCAAGAAUUCCCUGACCUGAAAGGAACAACCAGUCUGGAAAUACUCGCCCUCACCAGAGCUGGCCUCACCACCCUACCCCAGAGUCUCUGCCAGCAGCUGCCCAACUUAAGAUCGCUUGAACUGUCUCAUAAUCAGAUUGAAGAACUCCCAAGCUUUUGUCACUGCAAAUCACUCCAGGAAAUAGGACUACAGCACAAUCUGAUUCGGCAGAUCGAGGCGAACACAUUCCAGCAGCUCUCCUCCCUACGCUCACUGGACCUCAGUUGGAACAAGAUAGAGACGAUUAACCCAGAAGCCUUCUCAUCUCUGCACUCUCUGGUAAAACUUGACCUGACAGAAAAUCAGUUAAGUGCGUUGCCCAUGGUGGGACUGUCCAGCCUUACACACCUAAAGCUGAGAGGAAACAUGGCCCUCUCCAGUUCUUUCAGACAGGAGGAUUUCCCCAAGAUAAGGGUGAUUGAAAUGCCCUACGCCUACCAGUGCUGUGUGUAUGGCUCCUGCAGCAGCCACAAGUCCCUCAACCAAUGGGAUACUGAGCAAAUGAGUGAAGAUGACGACCUGCAUAAGAGGACCAUAGCUUUAUUUCCCAUCCAUGCCGACAGCAACUAUGACCUCGACAUGGAGGAAUUCCAAUUAGAAAUUGAAGAAUCCAAACUACAAACCAGCAUCCAGUGCACACCACUCCCAGGUCCCUUCAAGCCUUGCGACUACAUGUUUGAUAGCUGGGUUGUGCGCUUGGGAAUGUGGGCCAUCGCUCUCGUCUCCCUCGUGGGCAACGGCCUGCUGAUCAUCAGCGUCUUCGGGUCGCCCACCUACCUCUCCCCGGUCAAGUUUGUCAUCGGCGCCAUCGGCGGGGCCAACCUCCUGACCGGUCUGUGCACGGGCACGCUGGCUAUGGUGGACGUGCUGACCUUUGGCCAGUUCUCACAGCACGGUGCCCGCUGGGAGUCAGGCACGGCCUGCCAGACCACGGGCUUCGUCUCCAUCUUCGCCUCUGAGGCGUCCAUCCUCUUCCUGACACUGGCGGCCGUCCAGUGCAGCGUGUCGGUGUCGUGUGUGCGUGCCUACGGCAAGUCGCCGUCUUUCAGCAGCGUGCGGGCGGCCGCCGUCGCCUGCGUGCUGCUCUCCGUGGCCGUGGCCGCCCUGCCGCUGGUGAAGGUCGGUGAGUACGGUGCGUCGCCCCUCUGCCUGCCCUCUCCCCUGCCCGAGGGUCGUCCAUCCACACUGGGCUUCAUGGUGGCCCUCAUCAUGAUGAACUCCCUCUGCUUCCUCAUCAUCACCGGCACCUACAUCAAGCUCUACUGGGACCUGAUGAAGGGCGAGUUCGACAGCAUCUGGGACUGCGCCAUGAUCAAGCACGUGGCCUGGCUCAUCUUCACCAACUGCCUGCUCUACUGCCCCGUGGCCUUCCUGACAUUCUCCUCACUGCUGGGCCUCUUCCCUGUGGCCGAGGAGGUCAUCAAGUCCGUGCUCCUGGUGGUGCUGCCCCUGCCGGCGUGCCUCAACCCGCUGCUCUACCUCCUCUUCAACCCCCACUUCCGCGAAGAUGCCAGGCUCUUCUGGAGCCGGUCCAAGCUGUCCCCGGAGGAGAUAUUAGAUUCGUUCGUGUCCAUGGAGACCGAGAAGAGUUCCUAUGACUCCACACAAGCCCUGGUGUCCUUUGCCGAGGUGGACACCCUGUUCGACUCCUCUGCCUUGCCCAAGAUGGAGGCAGAGGACCGCUACCCCUGGUCACCCUCCGUGCCGCUCAUCCCCUGCCAGCAGAAGGUGCUGCCCAUGGGCAGAGAGUGUAUUGCUGGGUCUAUCACAGGAAUGUGCCUUAAUGAGGAGGAGUGUUUGAGAGUCAAUGGGCUGGACAGCAUCAAUGGCAGCUCCUUCCCCACUGGAGUAUGUCACUCAUCUCCCAUCGCAUCUCAUUUGUAAAUCAAUUAUAUGGCCAUUUGAGACUUCUAAGGACCAUUUCAGAAAGAGAGAGAGAGAGAGAGAGAGAGAACGAAAAAAAAGAGAACAAAAGCAGAAUAUUCUCCUUGGACACUGCAGUGAAUCAAUCCUUAAAUUUUGGAACAUUAUGUGACUGUCUUUGAUGAAUGCACAAAUAAAUGGUGGGGCUUGUGGUUUGUGGUUUCCCAGGGAAACAUCAACCAUCAUGCUAUUGUGCCAUCACAGGAAAGCAGAUUAAUUUAUAUAUUCAGGAUGCUGUUUCUCAUGUGGCGGCUGACUUGUAACUUCAUUUUUUUAACAUGGCAAAAGGAGGUAACAAAGGUUUUUUAGUACCAUAAACAAAACACAUCAAAGAGGGGGAAGAGAAAAAUGAGAGAAAGAGCUGUUGUUGCAGACAUACAAGAUUUAACAAUGUGAAACUAGUUCAAAGAAUCUCCCAUUAUGUUUCCUUCACACCUCUCUCUGUGACAUAGUGAGUUAAACUUUAUGCUUUUCAGUAUAGUUUAAAGUAGAGAUCCCCAGUCCAGCUCUUCUUCAUGUGCAGAUCUCCAGAGACUCCAACUGAAAACUACACCAACUCUACACCACAGAUGAUCACAAAACUCUUGAUUACCUCAAGAGCUGAGACAUGCAAUGCUUUGCUUUCUCAUGAACAUGAAUGAUUUGCACUCAACGUGCUCAUGGUUUUUGGUAUGAAAUAUAUUUUUCUAGCGUGUGACAGCAGUAGAGGCAAGUGUACCAUUAACAUUUGUCAGAAGCUCUUCUUUCGUGUUCCCUCAGUGCUUUCCAGAACUUGCCCUGCCUUGCAUGGAACCAACUAUGCCUUUUAUAAAUUUCCAUUAUUUUACAAUUAUGUAUUAACUGUCCACCAAAAAACUAAAGGAACUAACUUUACAAUACAGCCUACCAAGUCUCUGAACAAGCACAACGACAGACGAUGUAAAUGUCAGUAAAGGGACAAACUAUAACAUAUUAUGGGCUCAGGAUAUGUUUAACUGGUAACAGGUUAACAAAAAUACUCAUUUCAUGAUAGGUUCAAAAGGGAAUUUACUGAAAGCAACCUUAUUCUGUUUCUGUAACUGCAGUAAUUUGUCAUAAAUUGUUUGUGUAUCACUACAGACCCCUACCAAAUCGCAUUCACAGUAUUGCUGAAUGUGAAAUCACCCACAAUUCUUGAUUUUGUAUAGUACGUAAAGUUUGACAUUCUGCAGAAACAUAAUGUAUUUCCAUUUUUUCCAUGUUCUUUAGACUGACAGACAAAGAAAAACAUUUUACUACCAUCUAGAUCAGCAGUCAAGUUUGGAUGGCCAUUUUGUCUGUGUAUAGUAGGCUAGCUGUUGUAUGUACAGUGUAACUACCUCUGACCUAGCAUGCUAUUAUUUCAUUGUACCCCAAGUGUGUUGAUCGUCUCUUUUUACACAAAACAUGUUAAAUUUAUAUAUAAUUUUAUAUUAAAGUAAAUACCAUAGUUUGUAAAACACAUACUAUUUUGGAUGUACAUAUUUUCAUAUUUCUGUACACGUACAACAAAAAAUAUGAUUUAAUAAAAUUAUUACUUUCAUAUAUUUAA